AUGGCCUCCAUGCGUUUCCUGCUCUCCGGCAGCUCGAGCUUCCGCCGUGGCCUGGCGACUGCAGCGCCAGUGGUGGGCGCGGCGGCGAUGGUGGGCGCCGGCUCGUCGCCGUCGCGACCGAGCGCGGCACCCGCCGCGCUCUGCGAGAUGAAGGGCUACACCGGGCGCUUCGGCGGCACCGAGAAGCUGGAGACAGGCGCCCGCGGGACUCUGGAGAACAGCGCCCUCGAGGCGUCGGCGGGCAAGAGCGCCGCGAGGUGGUCCAUCCACUGCGAGCGGAUCGAGGGCGUCGCGAAGGAGCUCUUCUGCCUGAUCGGGGGCCUCGAUCCGUACAUCUCCUCGGUGUCCAACUGCAGCGGCCCGAUCAUGAAGGCGAUCAAGGACAAGAUGGACAACACGAACUGGGACUCGCUCUGGAGCCAGGGCCACACGAUGUUCUCCUACGGCCCCGAGAUGUCGACGGACCCCACGGAGGCCAUGACCAUCAAGAUGUUCACCUUCAUGAAGUCCCCGAAGCGAGUGCUCGAGAUUGGCAUGUUCACGGGCUACGGCGCCGCGGCCAUCGUAGAGGCCCUCCCGGCGGACGGCGAGUGCGUGUCGCUCGACAUCGACCCGUUCUUGCAGCGCUGGGUCGGCGAGGUCAUGGGCAAGUUCCCGGAGGGCAAGAAGCAUUCUGUCAUGGUGGGACCCGCGCUCGAGUCGAUGGCGAAGCUGCCUGCGGACAAGAAGUUUGACUUCGUCUUCGUCGACGCCAACAAGUCGGAGUAUAAGCGCUACGUGGAGGUCUUGCUGGAGCGUGACCUCCUGGCCGACGGCGCGAUGAUCGCGGUGGACAACACGCUGUACUGCGGCCUGCCCUACAUGCCGGCCGAGUACGACACGCAGCCCAAGCGGAGGGGGUUCGGGGAGGACAUCAAGGAGUUCAACGCGUGGCUGGCCAACCACCCCAAGCUCAUGACGGUGAUGCUGCCGAUCCGGGACGGCGUGACGCUGGUGCGCAAGAGGUAG